AAAAAUAAAACAGAAAUUAAUCUAAAUAACAACUAUUUUGAGAUUACUAAAGAAAGAUACUCCAGAAAAAAUCGAGAAAGAAUGAAAGUUCUAUGAUAAUAACCUCCAAUAUUAAUAGUUAAAAAAUUGUUUCUCGUGCUUUCCGAUUUAAAAGUAAAUGCAAGAAAUGUAUCCACAGGAUCUGCAUUGAAAGGCGUGAAACGUGCAAAUUGUUAUCACGUGCCUCAUGAUAACGCAGAUGAAAAAUUCCAUCAGCGAUAUGUCUAUCCUCGAAAGGCCGGACGAUACACAUCAUUUAACGACAAUGACAAGAAUCGUAGGGGUGUGCACCGCUAUUGUUGUGUGCGGCGUCGGCGCGGAUGUGGCAUACCAUCGACACGUCAUGGGGCUUUACGUUACAGCCGCAUCAGGCAUAAUCUUCUUCCUCGAAGUAACUUGGGUCAUCACAUUAUUCGUGCAGCUUUGUAUCAGGAACGAGGAUACCUUUUGUUCGCGAUGUUGGUCCAAUGUUCUGGAUGUCACACGAGGCUGGCGAAGAGCUGUAUUUUAUUUGCCGUUAUCUUGCAUCCUGGCGUGGCGACCAAAUAAACUCUGGCUAUCCUACGUCGCGGCCGGUCUGCUGGCAGUGCUAUCUUUGCUACAUAUUGCAUCGAGCGCAUUAAGACGACGAGGACCUUGCCAAUUAAGCACCGGUAUCGACUCGGUUGGUGAGAGCCUCUUAAAUUCCAGACAGGAGAAUUACGAUCGCUUCGAAGAAGUUUUGGUGACAGAAGUUUUGGAUGAUGGACUGUCAGGGCCGGGGCGUUACCCUGUAGAUAGCGAUGGCGAAAUAUGACACGAGCGACGGCCCUCUUGGGCCAGUGAAACUGAUGAGGACAGCGAACCUGAGCAAAGAACAUGUCAAAUCGCCACGCUAUCUUAGUCCUCGGUAGUAGGAUUCACGAAUCAGUUUUUCCCCGUGUUAAAGGGACUAUCAAUCACACGUUGAUUGUUCUGUGGCAAGAAAUAAGCAGCAACUCGUGACUGAGCAAAAAUGAUGCCUUCUAAAAUUGGGUGAAGUUGAAACGAGAAAGGACAUCGUGUAAAACUUAAUAAAUUCAACGAUGAAAAAGAAGAUAAGAUUUUUUCAGAUCUGCCAAAGAACGAGUAUGAUAAUGUAGCGAAGAAAAAAUGACCGUUGUGGAGAUGAAUGCGUGCGAAUAUUUUUCUUAGAGUAGCUAUUUAGUUAUAGAUAAUUUUCUAUAUACCAUGUACUUCAGAACACACAUAACAGGUACAAAUGUACAAUAUGUAAUCGCAUGGACACGUACAAAUAACUGUAAAAUUUCUUGAUAAGACGAUCAUCCGGUAUGUUAAAAUUAAAUUAUUGUACACACGUCAUUAUUGCUAAUAAACAUUUCUUGAAAG